UCAAGUACCAGCUACUUCACUACCGCAUCCUGGUGGUCAUGAAAAACUCUAACGGUCUUCUCUCUUUGGUGUGAGGGCAGCCCGUAGCUCGCGUUGAACGUUCCCGGAGACUUGGUAGUAUGUAAAAAGCCUAUUGUAAGAGAGGCUACUGUUGCUAAAGAGGAAGGCUGUAGGGAGACAGAGGAGGAACGCAGCUUUCCGCCAAUUCCGUUCCAGCGCACAGCGGCGACAAACAGCACCAUGAGCGUCCCACUUUACGCACCGACUCCCAUCCAGCCGGCUCACCCGACUCCCUUCUACAUCGAAGACAUUCUGGGGAGGACUGCCACUACCACCACCUCUCCCUCCUCCACCUCUUCAUCCUCCUCCUGUUCCACUCCGGUUAUCCCCACACCGACUUUCCCAUCGCCCAACUCUUCCUUCACGAGUCUCAUCUCGCCGUAUCGGACGCCAAUUUAUGAACCCACUCCGAUUCACCCGGCACUGUCGCACCACGCCGCCGCGGCGUUGACGGCCACGUACGCCUCCACCGGGGCUUUCGCCAGCCCAAUUUACCCGUUCCACCAGCAGCAGCACCGCUCCAUGGGAGAGUACGCACAGGCGCUGCUGAGGCACGACCCUCUCGGUAAACCUCUGCUGUGGACCCCCUUCAUCCAGAGGCCAUUACACAAAAGAAAAGGCGGUCAGGUCCGGUUCUCUAACGACCAGACCAUUGAGUUAGAGAAGAAGUUUGAGACACAGAAAUACCUCUCACCUCCGGAGAGGAAGCGACUGGCCAAGAUGCUGCAGCUCAGCGAGAGACAGGUUAAAACCUGGUUCCAAAAUCGACGAGCAAAGUGGCGAAGGCUAAAACAGGAGAAUCCUCAAGGAGGUAGGAGGGAGGUGGGGGAUGACACUUCGGUCAGGAGGAGUAAUAAAGCAGACGAGUCCCCCGAGGCGGCUGGGAUCCGCAGCCCGGAGCAGAGACAGGUGAUCUCGGCCGGGGAGCAGCAGCUGCACACAGAGCUGGACUCUGACGUGUCAGACGACACAGACCAGGAGCUGGAUAUAGAGGACGAUGACGACGGGUUCACGAUGAACCCCUAGUUCUGAACCAUAGGUUGCUCCACGCUGAUUCUGGAUCCGGUCGGACAUUUGGAGCUGCAAGCUGAAGACCACUGGUUUCCUCUGACACUUGAGCCGGUUUCUUCACCUUCACUGGGGCGUCAUCCCCGAGUGACAGAGCUUGAUAGAGUAGGCUAGUUCCGGUGUAAUGUUGAGGUCAAAUAAAAUAUCACCGCCCUGCAGUGUCUUAUACACAGGACUGUUAUAUGUAUUUGAAAUGUUUCUUCUUGUAUGUAAAGCCUAGUAUUCUGCUGUAUUUGUGUUGAUUGCACCCGUUAUGUCGAUCACUGUAAAUGAAUAGCAGGCCUAUAUAUUCGUUUGUGUGUCGUUGUGGAUAGUAAACGCUCUGGAAUCUAUUGGCCUUUGCCUUAAAAUGUGAUAUUUCAUUAAAGAGCCCAAUCAUUGUAGCGCAAAUUAUGUUUUGUUGGGUGAUAUCUAAUAAACUAUUUUUGUGAUAAGAAUAAAUUUGUCACAGUUGGAUGUAGCUCAUGU